CUUCAAGAUGUCUCUCUCUAGUAAGUUGACUCUGGACAAACUGGAUGUUAAGGGAAAGAGAGUCAUCAUGAGAGUAGACUUCAAUGUGCCCAUGAAGAACAACCAGAUCACAAACAACCAGAGAAUCAAGGCCGCCAUUCCAAGCAUCAGGCACUGCUUGGAUAAGGGAGCCAAGUCAGUAGUUCUCAUGAGUCAUCUGGGACGACCCAAUGGUGUCCCCAUGCCAGACAAAUACUCGUUACAGCCUGUUGCUACUGAGCUUAAAUCCUUGCUGGGCAAAGAUGUUUUGUUUCUGAAGGACUGUGUGGGAUCUGAAGUGGAGAAAGCCUGUGCCAAUCCAGCUAACGGUUCUGUCAUCCUGCUGGAGAACCUGCGCUUUCACGUGGAAGAAGAAGGAAAGGGUCAGGAUCCUUCAGGAAAUAAGAUUAAACCCGAGCCAGGUAGAAUAAAAGCCUUCCAAGCAUCACUCUCUAAGCUCGGGGAUGUCUAUGUCAAUGAUGCUUUUGGCACUGCACACAGGGCUCACAGUUCCACGGUGGGAGUGAAUUUGCCCCAGAAGGCAUCUGGGUUCCUCAUGAAGAAGGAACUUGAUUACUUUGCCAAAGCCUUAGAACACCCAGAAAGACCCUUUCUGGCUAUCCUUGGUGGAGCCAAAGUGGCAGACAAGAUCCAGCUCAUCAAAAAUAUGCUGGACAAAGUCAAUUUUAUGAUUAUUGGCGGUGGGAUGGCUUAUACCUUCCUGAAGGAACUCAAGAACAUGGAGAUUGGCACUUCCUUGUUUGAUGAAGAGGGAGCUAAGAUUGUCAAAGAGAUCAUGGCCAAAGCAGAAAAGAACGGUGUAGAGAUCACCUUUCCUGUCGACUUCAUAACUGCCGACAAGUUUGAUGAGAACGCACAAGUUGGACAAGCCACUAUUGAAUCUGGCAUACCCUCUGGAUGGAUGGGUUUGGACUGUGGUCCUGAGAGCAUUAAAAACAAUGCUCAAAUUGUGGCCCAGGCUAAACUGAUUGUUUGGAAUGGGCCUCUGGGGGUAUUUGAAUGGGAUGCCUUUGCUAAGGGAACCAAAGCCCUCAUGGAUGAAGUUGUGAAAGCCACUUCCAAGGGCUGUGUCACCAUUAUAGGUGGUGGAGACACUGCUACUUGCUGUGCCAAAUGGGACACUGAAGAUAAGGUCAGCCAUGUGAGCACUGGAGGGGGUGCCAGUCUGGAGCUUCUGGAAGGUAAAGUCCUUCCUGGGGUAGAAGCCCUCAGCAGCAUGUAA